UAAAAUACAACAUCAAUUAAUUAGCGCAUGUAUGCUUGUGCAGUGGAUCCUCCAUAUGCAAAACGACGACGACUGCAUCAAGAUCCUGAAGAACUGCCACCGAGCUCUCCCGGACAAGGGGAAGGUGAUUGUCGUGCAGAGCAUCCUGCCGGAAACCCCGGAGUCGACACCAGCUGCACGGGAUUCCUUCACCAUGGAUAUAAUCAUGCUUGUCAACUUCAAUGGUGGGAAGGACAGGACGGAGCAGGAGUACGCCAAGCUUGCCAGGGAUGCUGGCUUCGCGGGCGCCUUCCGGUCAACCUAUAUAUUCUGCAACAUUUACGCUCUCGAGUUUACCAAGUAGCUAUACUUGUCAUGAAUAAGAGCUACUAGCUCACCUGCGUACGUAUGAUAUGUUUGUAUUCUCGAAUAAGCCAUAAAUUUGUAUAUGGCAUCUAUCUAUCUAUCUAUCUAUCAAUCUAUCAAUCUAGGACUCAUUGUUUGGUUUCUGCCAGCAAUAGAUAAUGCCUUCCACUUCUUUCCAA